ACAGAGACCAAGGCGGUGGAGGAGGGGCUGACGCCGCAGGAGAUCUGCGACAAGUACAACGCCGUCCACGCCGACAUUUACCGCUGGUUCGACAUCUCCUUUGACUACUUUGGCCGCACCACCACGCCGUACCAGACCACCAUUGCCCAGGACAUCUUCCAGCGCCUGCUGGCCCGUGGUUUCGUUUUUUACGUCUGGUUCGACGCUCCCAUCGGGUACUUGUCCAUUACGGCCAACUACACCGACCAGUGGGAGAGGUGGUGGAAGAACCCCCAGCAGGUUGAGCUUUACAACUUCAUGGCCAAAGACAACGUCCCAUUCCACAGCGUCAUAUUCCCCUGCUCCCUCCUGGGUGCUGAUGACAACUACACCCUGGUGAACCACCUCAUUGCCACAGAGUACCUGAACUAUGAGGACGGGAAGUUUUCCAAGAGCAGAGGGGUGGGAGUGUUUGGGGACAUGGCCAAGGACACGGGGAUCCCUGCGGACAUCUGGCGCUUCUACCUGCUGUACGUGCGGCCCGAAGGGCAGGACAGUGCCUUCUCCUGGAGCGACCUCAUGCUCAAGAACAACUCGGAGCUGCUAAACAACCUGGGGAACUUCAUCAACAGGGCUGGCAUGUUCGUGUGCAAGUUCUUUGGUGGCGCUGUCCCCAACAUGGUCCUGACACUGGAUGACAAGCGGCUCUUGGCCCGCGUCACCCUGGAGCUGCGCCAGUACCACCAGCUGCUGGAGAAA